ACUUGGGGGGGUUGGCGAGGAUCGGCCGCGCCCACCCGCCCGCUCGGCCUCGGGCAGCCACCCCUUCCCCGUGGUGGGCUCCUCGCGGCUGUAGGCAAACGGGCACUGCCGGGGCAGCCAGAUCUGUGCCGGGCACUUCCUGCCAACUCGCAGGAGAUCUCUUCCUUUCAGGGUGUGUGGUGCUGGUGCCAAGGUUCCCGAGAAAGGCAAUGACCGAGUACAAACUGGUGGUCGUGGGAGCUGGUGGUGUCGGGAAAAGUGCCCUGACCAUCCAACUUAUCCAGAAUCACUUUGUGGAUGAAUAUGAUCCAACCAUUGAGGAUUCCUAUCGGAAGCAGGUGGUUAUCGAUGGGGAGACCUGUUUGCUGGACAUCUUGGAUACGGCUGGGCAAGAGGAGUAUAGUGCCAUGAGGGACCAGUAUAUGAGAACUGGUGAAGGCUUUCUUUGUGUGUUUGCCAUUAACAACAGCAAAUCGUUUGCAGACAUCAAUCUUUACAGAGAGCAGAUUAAGAGAGUAAAAGAUUCAGAAGAUGUACCAAUGGUAUUAGUGGGAAACAAAUGUGACUUACCAACACGGACAGUAGACACCAAGCAAGCUCAUGAAAUAGCCAAGAGCUAUGGGAUCCCCUUCAUUGAAACAUCUGCCAAAACAAGACAGGGUGUUGAAGAUGCCUUUUACACACUGGUGAGGGAAAUUCGCCAAUAUCGGAUGAAAAGAUUGAGCAGCAGUGACGACGGGAAUCAAGGCUGCAUGGGGCUGUCGUGCCUUGUGAUGUGAUCAGCUGCCUGGCGAAAACUCAGUUCUGGACGUUGAACCUUAAUUCUGCUUUGGUGCAUUCUGUGAUGAUGUCCGGCCAGUAUCCUGGUGCCAGUUGCCCAGUGCUAAAUUUUUCUGUCAUCACCUGAUGAGAACAUCUCUAACCAUCUACCUCUUUGCUCAGUUGAGCAAGCAAAGAAAGUUUGCUCUGUAAGAUGGUGGGAUCCCCCCCCACCACCUUUUUUUCACGGGUAGGUUCAACUGGAAGAACUGGUUAUGUGUGAAUCAGUAGAGAUGAAAUACUAUGAAAAAUAGUCUCACUCCAGCUUCCUUCCAGAGAGUGACGAGAUCAGACUGUGUUCUGAAAAGCCAUUACUUAACACAGUGUUGUUGGUAAUGCUGCAUAUAACUCUUCUCCUUCCUGUGCACCAUUUUCAAAGAGGGAAGUACUUGCAACAUGCCCUAUGUCGUGUUACAUAAAAUGUUUCUACAGCACACCUACUUACUGCACCUACCCUGGCCUCUCCAGUUCUUUGCUUUUAUGUAGUUAAAAAAGAGAGAUCUUUGCUAACCAAGUGCCUAUUUGCAAAGGCAAGCCAGAGCUCAGUCUUACCUGGUAAGUUACAAUGUUUGUUUCUGGCUGGCCCAUCCUGACCAUAGAAGCUGCUUACCCACAGGCAAGGGACUGGUCAAUCUGUUGUGAUUAACAGUGUGACUCUGGGGCCUCAGAAGAGGUCCUUUUCCUAGAACUGCUGAGAACUUUUUAACUGGACUUUGCCAAAGAUGAAAAGUGAACUCUUUUGGUAUGCACUAUGACACUGAGCUGUGGCCUCUCCCCAGCCAUGUCAUGCACUAGGACUUUUCCACACCAUUAACAAAGGCACUUUGAUCUGAAAGAGCCAGAGGGGGUGACUGGCUGAGCUGAUUGCCCUUCUCUGGUAUUGAAUGCAUUCCAUUUAGCUUUUGUACUGUGCUUGAAGCCAUUGGUGCUUCACAUCAAGACCAGCUAUUAGCCAUGAAUACUAUUACAGCUGGCAGCUAUCCCAGUGCCAAUCAUGGUUGUAUGUGGAACAUGUAUUGAGGAGCAGGUUACCUUAGCUUUGUGUGCAUUUCUAGUUUUAAUUAAUUUUUUUUUCUUCUGUUUACACUGUCUAGCAUGGCUCUCUAAUACUUAUUUCUUCAUGUAUCUGGGGAACAUUUGGUUAAUAUUAGUAUGCUUUUGAGAGCCGUUUCCAGGUCACUGCUGUUCAAUAACUCAAAAGAGCUUGGGCAGAACAGGGAAGAAAAUUGAUUCAGUAGUCACCUGACUUAAUGUUGCUUGGAACAAGAAGUUAACUAGCUGUUUGUUGCACUUUCAGAACUAGGAGCUGGAUGCUUUACUAGCCCAUGUGGCAACUGGCCACGAUUCUGUGUCCAUGUGUGCAAGAACUAGCCUUUUCUUCAUGUAUUGUGGACUAAUAUUUGAAACGUAAGAUUUUAGGUUGAUUUUCUCAUGUCUGUAAAUCACUCUCUCAUGGCUCAACUUGCAGUGGAAUGUGUCGUGAUGAAGUGCAGUACCAUGAAAGCGCUGUUGGGUGUGUGUUCUGUGAUGGCUGCUGCUUGUGUGCCAAGUUGCUGCUUCUGGUUGCUCUGAUUGCACGAUAGUUAUGCACAAAGCCGGGGGUUAGACUGCAGUGGAAAUAAGUUCUAGAUAUUAAACCUUUCACUGGUGAUUCUGUUACAUGGUCAAUUUACUGCAUGUGCUGAAGACUUAAGAGCACAUGACUGUGUAAUCAUAAAGCUCAAAUGAUAUUGGACAAGUGUUUCCUAAAAAUAGCUUUGCUGUUGCCUAAUAUGGCAGCGAUGUAUCAUUUCUAACAAAUACAUGCCUGAAUGUCAGCUUCAAACUGCAUUAUGUGAAGAAAUGUAGGGUUUCUUACUGUUCAUGUAUAUGCCUUACAUAUGGAUUACUUUAAGCCAUAACAAGUCAAGGCCAGGCCUUAAGGUGCUGCACAGGGAAGUGGGGGGGGGGGGUACGUGUUGAGAGGUGGAUGUUUCUGAGCAAUAAACUUCUGUGAACUGGAUAAAGCUCCUGCUUUGUGUAUUUUCCUCAGGACGGUAGUGUUCUCUCUCCCCCCUCCGCCCCCGCCCAGUCAGGGUUCUUGUGCCUAGAGCCGCUGUGUGGCAGAUAAAUUCAGCAAAUGCAUUGGUGACGAAGGGUAUGGUUGUUGAUGUUCUGCCUCUUGGGCAGUCGUUCGAGGCACAGAAGUGCUGCCAGAGGAAUUCUGGAAGCACCACAAAAAAUGUUGAACUUCGAGGCACCUGCAGGCAUAGGAAAUCUCCCCUAGCAUUUGUUGUUUUUAAAGGUUGUGACUUCAGGAGCCUAAAUAUUAAGUGUCAUAUUUGGCUCUGGCUUCUGUAUGUUAGCAAAAGCAAAUGCAUCAGAGAAGCCCAUAUUAAAAUAUUAGCCAGUAUCACAUGUGUUAGACGCAGUCACUGCAUCCAGUUAUGGAGGUUACUCCUCUACUUUUACUGCAGGUGAAACAUUCUGGCUUGAAUAGGAGAUGCUUCUGAGCAUGAGAACCUUUCUUUUCCUUUUCAUAACUCUUCUUGUACAGAUGAAACCAAGUCUUGAAAGCCCUUACAUGCUGCAGCAUAGUAAACAUGAUCUCAGAAGGCUUGAAUAUGGACUUGGCUUGAAUAUGGAUAUCCAUGCGGUGCAGUCCACGAAACUCAGAAGAAAUCUUGUUGUGAGAUUUUUUUCCCUGUCUCUGCAAUCCUGGCAUUAAAUUGUGUGUGGAGGGUGCUAGAAUGGCUCUUCCUAGCAGGAAAAGAUACGCUUGAGCAUAAUCUCCAAAGGAUGCCUCUUGUGUACUUAAGAAAUAAUCCGUCAGUAAUCUGUGUACUUUCUCAGGACCCUUGGGCUACCACUUCCUAAAGUACAUUUAGUCUUUGGGACUAGUUCUGGAUGCAGAACACAGCCUGAAAAGAUUACAGAGUUCUAUAGAUGCCCCAACCUUUUUGAGUCUUUGGCCACCUUUGGAAUUCUGACACAUGGAGUGGUGAGUGCAAUGGCUUCCAUGGGAGGCAGAGCCAACCACAUGAAGUCGAGGGAGGUUAUGUAUAUCUCGUAACAGUAAUUCUUCAACAUUUCACACAGAAACUCUGUUUAAUAGGAUGUCUUUUAAAAAUGAACAUAUUGUUUAAACAUAUUUUCUUGCAUAUACACAGUUUACCCAUCAGUCAUACAGUGAAGAUCUUUGUGCUGGGGGGACAAAUUCUGCCAAAGCAAAUUUUAAAAAAAAUAUGUGCAGCCAGUCAGAUAUCCGGUGGCACCACCUGCUUUCUAAGAACACUUGGCACCCAGGAAAGAUGUCAGUGGGUGCCAUGGGAACCACAUUGUAAACCCCUGCCUUGGGGAAAUAGCUAUCUUUUUACUUUGCUUCAUAACUGGGUAUAAUAAGGCUUGCAUGUAGAAAACCUCUAAUUCAAACUCUGAUUUGUUAUAUGGAUCUUUCAUUUUUGUCUUUAUUUGAGAAGAUUUCUGAGUUGAUGCUACUUGUAAGACUGUACCAGUAAUACUGUUGCAAGUGUCUUCUGUACAGAUUGUUCUUAAUAUAUUGUUAAGCUGGCUCCCUGACUACUGAGUAACACUGCUAAUCUUAGCAUAUUGUCUGCACUGCUGCAAGAGACUUACUUAACCAGAAGACAACGGAGUGAUGAUCUCAUGUUAAACAAUAUCCAGUGAGACGCAAGCUACUGGUACUUGAAUUCCCGCAAACCUAGUUCAGUUGUUGCGAAUGAGGUUGAAUGCUUGUGAAAGAAAGCUCCAGCAUACUGAUUGAGAGUGGCAGAAAGGGCCUCUUGCUGGCUAAUGAGUGUGAGGGUUGGGGUGUUUCAAUGUAAUUUUUAAGUUUUUGUUGUUUUGUGCAUGUAAAAGCCCCAUUGCAAUGCCAUUCUGUACUUCUGUCCACUGGUCAAGGGGUAAAACUUAUAUGUACAAGCAAAUUGAAAGAUGGUCUGUGUUUCUGGUUCCAAAUCAGUCAGGCUGUGAAAGUGAUGGCAUGCAAUUCUGUGGCAGCUGAUAGCAGGGAGGAUCCUAGCAUUAUGGGAUCCUAGUCUGUGUCUGCCUGUUUAGAAAACUGAAUACAGCAAUUAACCUCUAGCCACUCCUCUUGCCCCCCUCCACAGGCAUGCUGCGAUUGUGCCCUUGCCAUGCAGCAAACUGAUUUCCAGGCCCCUGAAAGGAAAAAUAAAGCUAAUAAGGCUGUAUUUCUGUUCUGUGGGUAGAAGAGACAUUUUUUUGCUGAGGUUGCAUAGUACUUGCUGUACUUGGGCUGCCAGUCAUCUCCAAAGGUAGACACAUCAAAGGAUUAAUAUCAAUUCAAUUGUAAUGUAAUCCAUUUCUCAUAAUUUUUGUAAUGUUUCAAUGUUUGUAAAAAAAAUCCUAAAACAUUUCUCUGUGUCUUUUUUGGGGGGAGUGCAAUACACGCUGCUUAAUUAUACUAGA